UCUCUGUUACUUGAAGCAAAUUCUUAAUCCCAUUUCUCUAUCAUUUGCAAGACUAGAAUCACCAAGAUUUCAAUUUUUUUUCUCAUUUCUUAGCUGUCUUUGAAAGAACCCCAGUAUCUAGAAAAUAUUAGUAAUAUCAACUAACCCAUAUAAUGACAUUCUAACUAUUGAUUCCUCCUACCCAUUAAUAAAAGAAAAGUUCCAAACUUUCUUCUGUUAAUGAGCAUACCCAUUAAAGUUCUGGUCUUUUUCUUGUUUUGAGUCGAUUUAGACUUAUUACUUUAAUUACAGAUUUGUUUCCUGAAAAGGGAGACAAUAGAAAAUGAGGAAUUGGACUUGGGGCUUUGUUGGUUUUCUUUAUCUUGCUCUCUUGUUGAAGAUUGAAGCCUUGAAAUUUCAUAGGACUGAACAAACUGAGAGAAUCUCAGGAAGUGCUGGUGAUGUCUUGGAAGAUGAUCCUGUUGGGAGAUUAAAAGUUUUUGUUUAUGAGCUUCCCAGCAAAUACAACAAGAAAAUUCUGCAGAAAGACCAACGAUGCCUCAACCACAUGUUUGCUGCUGAAAUCUAUAUGCAUCGUUUCCUAUUAUCUAGCGCUGUUCGAACCUUUAAUCCUGAGGAAGCAGAUUGGUUUUACACCCCUGUUUAUACCACUUGUGACCUGACACCAAAUGGCCUUCCCUUACCGUUUAAGUCACCACGUAUGAUGAGGAGUGCAAUACAACUUAUUGCUUCUAACUGGCCGUACUGGAAUAGGACAGAGGGAGCUGAUCACUUCUUCAUCACGCCCCACGAUUUUGGCGCUUGUUUUCACUAUCAAGAAGAAAAAGCUAUUGAGAGGGGAAUUCUUCCAUUGUUGCAACGUGCUACCUUGGUUCAAACUUUUGGACAACGAAAUCAUGUUUGUUUGAAGGAUGGCUCAAUUACAAUUCCUCCAUAUGCUCCCCCGCAAAAAAUGCAAUCCCACUUGAUCCCUCCAGAUACUCCCCGAUCUAUCUUUGUUUAUUUCCGAGGCUUGUUUUAUGACGUCGGAAAUGACCCCGAAGGUGGUUACUAUGCAAGAGGUGCCCGAGCAGCAGUGUGGGAGAACUUUAAAGACAAUCCUCUCUUUGAUAUUUCAACAGAGCAUCCAACCACUUACUAUGAAGACAUGCAGCGAGCUAUCUUUUGCUUGUGCCCACUGGGGUGGGCACCAUGGAGUCCAAGAUUGGUUGAAGCAGUUAUAUUUGGCUGCAUCCCUGUUAUUAUAGCAGAUGACAUUGUCUUGCCAUUUGCUGAUGCAAUCCCGUGGGAGGAUAUUGGCGUGUUUGUAGCAGAGAAAGAUGUUCCGAAUUUGGACACUAUUCUCACUUCUAUUCCACCAGAAGAAAUAUUGAGGAAGCAGAGAUUGCUAGCCAAUCCUUCAAUGAAGCAGGCAAUGUUAUUUCCACAACCUGCUCAAUCAGGUGAUGCUUUUCAUCAGAUUUUGAACGGACUUGCACGUAAACUGCCUCACGACAAGAGCACUUACUUGAAGCCCGGAGAGAAGUUCUUAAACUGGACUGCUGGUCCAGUUGGUGACCUAAAACCUUGGUAGAGAAUGGUUCAAGAGAUGAUUUCUUUCACUACUUAGCCCCUGGCUCCAAACAUUUCUUCUGUACCAACGUUGCUGAAUUUCAUCCGAAGUGUAAAUUUUUACCACGUAGUUUUGGGAGACGACACAUUCAUUUUGGACCUAUAGUGUUUGUUGUAUGCAUGAGUCUUGUGAAAAAUAGGUAUGUACUGAUUUCUACUUGCAUAGUCGUGCCAGAAACUUAUUGCCUUUUUUGUUACAUAUAGAUGUUAAGCCAUUAAGCAUUCUUGGAAAAGUGGCUUUUCCUGUUGCAUUCACUACUUAUUAGGGAGUCCCUGCCCUGGGUGCCCGCCCAGGUUGGGGAAUAAAGAUAGAGUUGUCCUGGAAUUUUUGGAAAUGAUAUUUUCAUAAUGUACUAUCAGAAUUCAGAAGUUAGUGUGUUCAUCAGCUUA